AUGGAAGUUCUUCAAAGGCGAGUGCUGUCUACGUUAUACAGUGACAGCACCACUGGAAUACCAAACCACGUUCUGUCCUCCAGAGGAUACUUCUUCGACAACCCUCGUCGGUAUGACAGCGAUGAUGAUCUGGCGUGGAGUAUUCCUCCUCAGAACGGGUCAGCCAGUCUUUCAUCGGACUGCUACGACUGGGGCAGCCGCCACAGCAGCUUCACUGUGCACACCAACAGCAACGAACAGAAGAGGGUCCAGCAGUAUGCAGUGGAUGUGACUCUUGAUCCUGAUACAGCAAAUCCUGCACUCAUCCUGUCUGAUGAUGGGAAACAAGUAAACUGUGGUAAUGUGUGGAAGAAUCUCACAGACAACCCAAAAAGAUUUUCUCCUUCUCCCUGUGUGUUCGGAAAGCAGAGUUUGUCUUCAGGCAGAUUUUACUUUGAGGUUCAGGUUAAAGAGAAGACUGACUGGGUUUUAGGAGUGGCCAGAGAGUCGAUCAACAGGAAGGGAAAAAUCACACUGAGCCCUCAGAAUGGUUUCUGGACUAUAUGGUUGAGAAAUGGAAAUGAGUACGAAGCUCUUGAUGACCCUCCAGUCGAUCUCUCUCUGAAGUCUCGUCCUCAGAAGGUGGGGGUGUUUGUGGAUUAUGAGGAGGGUCUGGUCUCCUUUUAUGACGUAGAUGCUGCAGCUCUUAUCUACUCCUUUACUGGCUGCUCCUUCACUGAGAAACUCUACCCAAACUUCUGUCCCUUUAUGAAUCAUGGUGGUAGAAACUCCGCCCCUCUGAUCAUCUGUCCUGUCAAUUAA